CUGCUCAUUUAUAAUUGUCUCAGGAAGUUCGCUUCUACGGCUGAUGUAGUGGUUUGUGGAGGUGGAAUCGCUGGAACAUCGGUAGCAUAUCACUUGGCAAAUCGAGGAAAGAAUGUUUGCCUGUUCGAGAAGGAUGCAGUCGGCUGCGGCGGAGCAACUGGUGUCAGCGGCGGCCUCGUCACGGCCCCAGUUUUCUUUCAAAGCCCUGUUAAACAGCAUCUGGCUCGUAGAUCCAUGGAACUGUAUACAAAACUGUCUCAACUUGGACGAUUCAAAUUCACGAAAUGCGGCAGAGUAUAUAUGGCAUCAACGAUGCCGAACGAAAUUUUAUUGAGGCGAAUGUACUCUAGAGGAGCAGCAAUUCCUAACUGUAAUGUUGAACUUAUUGAUUGCCCAAGUGAAAUGUUAUCACGAUGGCCUUUCUUACAAACGGAAGACAUACAGCUGGCCUUGCAUUCGCAUGAGGAUAUUGCAUUGGAUCCAGUAGCCCUUUGCCAAGAACUUGCCAAGCAAGCGCAGUCAGCAGGAGCUCAGAUCUUCGAAAACUGUGCAGUGCAAGAAGUCCUCCUCGGAGACGAGCGCCAGGUGUAUGCUGUCAAUACCAGUAGCGGCUUAGUUGAAACUCCGGUAUUCGUGGAUGCUAGUGGAAUUUGGACUGGAUCCGUGACAGUCAAGCAAUUGCCAUACCGACAUGUCCAGACGGCUGCCUAUCCGUGUACGUACACCUACAUUCAUAGCACGAAAUUGCCCACCGGAAGUGUUAGCGAUAACACACCAAUAUUCAACGACCUGGAUGGCAAGAUAAUGAUUCGUGCAACCGGCUUCAAAACCCUGUGUGCUGGUUUCCUGGAAGACGGAAUUCGUCCGUUGGCUCGACAAGGCGCUACACAUGGUGUUUGGCAUCAUCCUGAACCAGACUGGGAUUUAUAUGGUUUGUGUAAGAUGUUGUUCCGAUGUCCCAUGCUCGGAGAAAUUGAGCAUGGAGACCUAAUUUGUGGCAUGGAGUCCUAUACCCCCGACAAAGCUCCAACCAUCGGUCAAAGCAGCCAGGCACAUGGUUACUAUGUAAUGAAUGGUUUCAACGGACAAGGGAUGGCGCUAGCUGGAGGAGUUGGUGAACUGUUGGCAGAGUGGAUCUGUGAAGAAAUACCAAAGCUUGACGUAGCGUUUUUGGACGUAGCACGUUUUCUUGAUGCUCACGCUAACUCACAAUAUCUAAUGGAAAGAACACCGGAGAUUGCAUCAAUGACAUACAGCAAUAUGUACAAUUCACAUCAAUGUCACACAGCACGUAAUCUUCGUAUGUCGCCUAUCUACCAUCAACUGAGGGACGCUGGCGCCGUGUUCGGUGAAAUCAUGGGCUACGAACGUCCGCUGUGGUAUGAGAAGGAACCUAAGCCUGAUCGCAAUGCGCUGUUUAUGGGACAGGAUUCAUUAAAUGGGAAACCCAUAUGGUUCGAUGAAGUCGCAGCAGAAUAUGAGGCGUGUCGAGAGCGAGUGGGUUUGAUCGAUAUGAGCAGCUUUACCAAGUUCGAUGUGACGGGACCCGAUGCAGUGAAGUUCCUACAGUACCUUUGCUCAGCAGAUAUCGACAGGCCGGUUGGUACCACAAUAUAUUCGGGUAUGCAGCAUGAGCAAGGUGGAUAUGUGACCGACUGUACUCUGAGUAGGCUCUCUGAUACGAGUUACUUCUUGAUCGCACCAACGAUUCAACAGGAACGUUGCAUAGCGUGGAUGAAGUACUGGAUCAAGAAAAUGAACGCCAAUGUCCAUAUUCAGGAUGUGACAGGCAUGUACACAACGUUGAUCGUUGUAGGGCCGUCAUCUCGUUACCUCAUGGCAGACGUGACAGAGAUGUCUAUGAGUAGUCAAGAUUUUCCGGCAUUCCGAUGUCAGGAAAUUAACAUUGGCAUGGCUACUGGUAUUCGAGCAAUCAGUGUCACGCAUUGUGGUGAACUUGGAUGGGUUAUUUAUAUACCGAAUGAGGUAGCGCAGAACGUUUACGAACGAAUAGUCGAUGCUGGACGAGAGUACAGUUUGAUGCACUCCGGUUACUACGCUCUACGGCAGCUUAGAAUCGAAAAGUUCUAUGUGUACUGGGGAGACGACAUCAACGCCACGGUGACUCCAGUUGAAUGCGGCCGAUCGUUCCGUGUGGAUUUCAGGAAAGAGUUCAUUGGCAAGGAAGCUCUUAUGAAGCAGCUUGACCGUGGUGUUUCAAAGAGGUUUGUGCAGUUGCUGGUGGAUAAUCAUGACAAAGAGACGGAUCCAUGGCCACAAGGAGGUGAAAUUGUAGACGGGAAGCCUGUUGGUAGAACGACCUCAGCAGCAUAUGGCUUCACCUUAGGAUGUCAGGUGUGCACUGCCUACGUGGAGAACAACGAAUUUGGAAUAUCACACGAUUUCUUGAACAAAGGUGUGUACGAACUGGACAUUGCCGGAAAACGUUUCCCGGUCCGAUUACAUCUCCAUUCACCUUCUCUGCCCAUGAUCUCGUCCGAACAUCCAUUGCAUUAUCGACCUACGCAAUAG